GCCCCAGGGGGCGUGAGGACUCGUGGGGCCGGCUGGGCCCUCAGGAGGAGCUGGGGUGCUCUCGAGCGCCUGUGGGUGCUGGGUGUGGCUGCUUCCCUGCCUGUCACGAGGAAGUGGGACCGCCCGCCUGCCACGCCCAGCCCUAGGUGCUCCAGCUGCCACAGCCUGGUCCUGCCACUGCGCCAGCCAUGGUGUCCCGGGACCAGGCUCACCUGGGCCCCAAGUAUGUGGGCCUCUGGGACUUCAAGGCCCGGACGGACGAGGAGCUGAGCUUCCGAGCGGGGGACGUCUUCCAUGUGGCCAGGAAGGAGGAGCAGUGGUGGUGGGCCACGCUGCUGGAUGAGGCGGGUGGGGCCGUGGCCCAGGGCUAUGUGCCCCACAGCUACCUGGCCGAGAGGGAGACCGUGGAGUCGGAACCGUGGUUCUUUGGCUGCAUCUCCCGCUCAGAAGCUGUGCAUCGGCUGCAGGCCGAGGGUAACGCCACCGGCACCUUCCUGAUCAGGGUCAGCGAGAAGCCAGGCGCCGACUACGUCCUGUCGGUGCGGGACGUGCAGGCUGUGCGGCACUACAAGAUCUGGUGGCGAGCCGGGGGCCAGCUGCACCUGAACGAGGCGGUGUCCUUCCCCAGCCUGUCCGAGCUUGUGAACUACCACAGGGCCCAGAGCCUGUCCCACGGCCUGCGGCUGGCCGCGCCCUGCCGGAAGCAUGAGCCUGAGCCCCUGCCCCACUGGGAUGACUGGGAGAGGCCGAGGGAGGAGUUCACGCUCUGCAGGAAGCUGGGGUCCGGCUACUUUGGGGAGGUCUUCGAGGGGCUCUGGAAAGACCGGGUCCAGGUGGCCAUUAAGGUGAUUUCUCGAGACAACCUCCUGCACCAGCAGACGCUGCAGUCGGAGAUCCAGGCCAUGAAGAAGCUGCGGCACAAACACAUCCUGGCACUGUACGCCGUGGUGUCCGUGGGGGACCCUGUGUACAUCAUCACGGAGCUCAUGGUCAAGGGCAGCCUGCUGGAGCUGCUUCGUGAUUCUGACGAGAAAGUCCUGCCCGUUUCGGAGCUGCUGGACAUCGCCUGGCAGGUGGCUGAGGGCAUGUGUUACCUGGAGUCUCAGAAUUACAUCCACCGGGACCUGGCCGCCAGGAACAUUCUUGUCGGGGAAAACACCCUCUGCAAAGUUGGGGACUUUGGGCUAGCCAGGCUCAUCAAGGAGGACGUCUACCUCUCCCAUGACCGCAACAUCCCCUACAAGUGGACGGCCCCCGAAGCACUCUCCCGAGGCCAUUACUCCACCAAAUCCGACGUGUGGUCCUUUGGGGUUCUCCUGCACGAGAUUUUCAGCAGGGGUCAGGUGCCCUACCCAGGCAUGUCCAACCACGAGGCCUUCCUGAGGGUGGAUGCCGGCUACCGCAUGCCCUGCCCUCUGGAGUGCCCGCCUAGCGUGCACAAGCUGAUGCUGACAUGCUGGUGCAGGGACCCUGAGCAGAGACCCUGCUUCAAGGCCCUUCGGGAGAGGCUUUCCAGCUUCACCAGCUACGAGAACCCGACCUGAGCGGCUGUGGAGCGGGCACAGCCGGGCCCUGCUGAGGAGGGCCCUGGGCAGAGGGCCUGCACCUGGGGUCAAGGCCCACGCGCCACCCUAGGGUUUACUGAGGUGAUGGGUGCAGGAAAGGUUCACAAACGUGGAGUGCCCGCGUCCCACACACGCGU